AUGCUCAAUAAAUGCUGUGCUGCUUAUCCUGCUGGGGAGCAUUGGGUGCUUGCCGUGGAUCCUGAAGCUUGUAUCAACAACGAGGACGAAGCUUCCAUCACAGAAGAGGAGAAGCCACCCGUAGCGAUUCAUUUUGUCGUGGAUAACAGUGGGUCCAUGGGAAGCAUGACACGGGAAGUCAUGUAUAUCUUUGCCGACAUGGUUGAUUCCGUCGCUACUGCCCCUUGUUCCAUGACUGUGUUUGCUGGCAACGCCCAAACACUAAAUGCCAAUAUUACUUCGGCCAAGCAAAUGCGCGAGCUUCAACUACCUGCCCAAGGAAUGACCAACAUUCCCGCUGGUGUUGAAAAUGCCAUCAACAUCAUUACCUUGAAGGAAAGGCAAAGAAUGGCGGAUGGUGCUACUAUUCCUCGUACCCACCACGUGUUGAUUCUCUUGUCCGAUGGGCACCACAACACUGGAGCUGCACCUGAUAAAGUUUUUCCAACCUUCAAGACCAAGAUUCCGGACGAUGCCAUGCUGUCCACCAUCGUGGUUGGGCUUUCCGAGCAAUCGAGUACUUCGAUGGGUAUGCUCCUCAAGAAGAGCAUCGAGACAGUCAGCUUCCAGACUGAGUCGGUUCAGACCAUUUAUUUUGCCAAGACUAACUCGGCUCUGAGAACCAUCCUAGGAAACUUGGAGGCUGGUUUGAACAGUGCCGUCCAAGGUACAUUCCACGAGAUCACCACUCCAUUUCCAGCCAUCAUUCAAGAUUUUGCAAGCAAGCCCAAGGAAACAAUUCGAGUGCACGCCAAUUCUGACACCACUUGUAUCCCAUUACUGUGUUGCUUUGCCGAUGUGCCAAAGUCGAUUCGUGUCAACGGACAAGAGAUUUCGGUGGCCGCAAAGGAAGAAAUUCCAUUUGACCUACUAACCACAAUGAUCCAGGGGCUGAUUGACAAGACCAAGGUCAAGAUUGUGGCUGCAAAGGACAGGAAAGAGGUCAUUUCCAAGUCAGUCAAGUAUUUGGACAUCCUGUACAAUCUUGUGAAGGCCCACCAAGAUAGUGAUGUGGACUUGAACAUGACGUCUCUAUCGGCCAAGGAACGAGUCAAGCAAUACCGCCAAAUCCGAGCGCUCACUCACAAGGCUGGUGAACUCAAGAACCAAAUUGUGGACAUUGCCAACUUUUCCAUCAACGAUUCUGAGGGCCAAGCAGCCUUCCUCAACGGCCGAUCCAUGAAGUUUGCCAACAAGGCAUUGCGUCGAGCUGCUGGUCGAGCCGAUGGUGUGGUGGACCCAAAGGCAGAGCAAAAGGCCAUCCACAAGUACUUGACAAGCGAGGGCUUCCGUGAGAAGCUUAAGGCUGCCAUGGCUUUGGAUACCAUCUUCAAUGCGAAGAAUCUGAGCGAAAAAGAUUUGCGUCAGAACAUCUUUCCUCGGGUCGUUGCCCAGCGCCACAAGGACCAAAUUUGGGAGAUUCGAAAGAAGGCAUCAGUUUUGGAAAACGAAAUGGAUACCGAUCUCGAUAGUCUGAACGCCCUUUCAUUGAGCCCAGGUGCGCUUGACCUCAUUCAUUCGGGACAACUUGCCGACUAUCUGAACGAUGGAGUCCAUGGAAGAGCCCAAUCCUUUGUGUCCAUGGCCACCCCUUGGCAGCAUGCUGAGGAAUGGUUGCAUUUUGGAGAGCAACCAUUCGAAUCUUGCUGGGAAAUGCUCAUGUACGGAGGAAUGCUCGGUUUCCCCAUUCGUUUGAAGCGUUUUGCAGCCUGCCAAAUGAAUCCAUUUUUGCUCGAAGUCGAGAAUAUUCGAUCGACUCUUGUGGAUUCGGCCAGUAUUUGUUGCUCCAACAAGGCCGAGGUCCCAGUCUAUGGUCCAGAGGCUGGUGCUCCCAUUGAAGAUGUCCUCCUCUUGAUUCAGCCUUCGCUGCCUCGUACCAGCAAGCUCUUGAACAACACUGCUUUGCUCGGAGAAAAGUUCACUUCGGUUACCAUUUCGCGAGAUAUGCAUAUGUACACUGGUUUCAGCAUGCGCGUUGCCCUCCACAGUACUUCCUUGUUCCAUUUGGCCGCCACUCAAGACGAAGCGACCAUCACCGAACACGAUGUGGUGGCCAACUUGCGCCGUGCUUUCAUGGGACGAGCCUUCAUGUGCGGUAACUGCAACUUUGGUCCCGUGGAUCAUUAUGCUUGUGGUGACUUGAUGUCGCAUCACGGAGAAAAUACGGGAAGUGGAGCCAAAAUUUCGAAUGACUGUCCUAAGUGUGGAUGGUUCUCAGAAUGUAUUACAGACUGGUCGCCCUGGGACGGGAACGUCGAUGAGGACUAUCUUCGAUCCGAGUUUGAUAGCAUUUCCAAGAAGCCCAAGCAACACUUCUUGUCGGAGGCUCGAAUUGACAUGAUGCUCAAGGUCAUGUACAGUUUCAGAAAGCUGUGCAAGGGGCGAGACACGUGGGACCAAUACCAACAAAUGGCGGAUGCCAUGGAAAAUGUAGAUGAUGUUCCUUUGGACUUUUCCACCAAGGCGGGUGUGGAUGGAAUGUCCCAAGUGGCCUUGGCCCUCAUGGCGGUAUUGACCGAGUCCAAGAAUGCCACCAAGGUAUUUGAAUCAAAAGACGUGUUGAUGGCAAUCUUGAAAGAAGAGUGUGCUCGUGACGCUCGCAGCCGAUUUCGAAUGGAAACUGGUGGAGAAAAGGAAAUGGCCCGUCAAAAGGCCAUGGAGUUCUUGACCAAGCUGCUACAAAUUGCCAAGGAGACUGCCCCUGAGACCCAACCGUUCAUGGAAUCCGAGCCCCCCAUUGAAAAUGUUCGACUUGACUGCAGGGACGACUACCAAGUCGAUACUGACAUGGGUCGUCAACUCAUUCCAUGGGUCCGAGAUAUCUGUCGCAAGUGGUGCCGUCUGUGGUCGGUUGCAGAAAAGUUGGCAUCUGUACUCUCAAAGCGUGUGGGUGGAUGGGAGCAAUUAGAGCGUGACAUGGAAACUGGAAUGUCCAGCUACGCAGAUGUUGUACAAGAGCUCAAAAGAGCUGAGCUCAAGACUCCAAGGGACUUACUCGGAAACGAUGAAGCCAGUGAAGGCUGUGAUCUUUCCGAGCUCCAAACCUUCUUUAUGCAACUUGGAGUCGAAGGUAUUGUUUUUGGUGCCGCCGAGUCUUCUUUGCCAGGAUACAACAACAAGGCCGAGGAAGAUGAUCUCAUGAGUGCCGUGGCUCGCGAGAUGCGAAUGCGAAUUUACUUCCAAGGAGUCGCUGCCAAGAUGUCCCAAUGGAAGUCCGAAGGUCAAACUGCUACCUUCUCUCAGGCUCGGGUGGCCGAUAUUGUUCAGUUUGCGGAUCUCCUUGGAGCAAAGCCUCAUGUCCACGGAUUGGACAAGCAAACUUUCUGGGGUUUGUGGUUGGCUGCGGUCAGCACUCACGAUGAGCAAAAGGCUUUGGCGUUCUUGGAGACUUGUAACGAAAGCUUCCGUUUCAAGUACGGAAAUGCUUGGAAACCUCAGAAGAAGCGUGGUGGAAAAUCAUGA